UUCUGUGAGUUUCCAUCGUUGCAGUCGCUCUGCUGCUGGUGAAUUUUUUGCCUAUAUAAUCUGACCUCAUUCAUGGACCUCAUACACUGUUACAACCGUUGAAUUUCAACUUUGUCUAUAUGGUGGAACUUUCUGUUUUCAUUAGAACUUGUAUUUGACAUUUUGAGUGACAAAUUUACUUGACCCGACAUAGUAAAGAAAAAAAGCCGAGUGCCUCCAAUCUACGACCUUUUUCUGUUUUAAGUGAGCCCUGCUGUUUAAACUCUUCUCAUCCUUGCUACACAGUGCCAAAAAUUGGAAAUGAUAAUCGAAAAUCCUGAAGCCCUGAAAUCAUGGCUCACCGCUGUCCUGGCCCCAUUGUGUGAUGCAGACCCUGCAGCCCUUGCCAAGUAUGUGCUUGCCCUGGCAAAAAAGGAAAAACCAGAGUCUGAGCUACGUGGAGCUAUGUGUGAUCAGCUUGAUGUAUUCCUUCAACAAGAGACAAAAGGGUUUGUCGACAAAUUAUUCGUCACCUUGGAGACCAAAUCGUACCUGCAGUCAAACCCUGAGCCUCCGUCGGCCAAAGUGGAAUCAACAACAACUACUACUACCGCCACCGAACAGGCCAGUACAGGAGUUACCAACGGCCAAAAUUUAGUCAUUCCACCCGUUGUGACAGUCCCGGUGCAGCCGCUUCCGGUUCCAGUUCUAUCGGCUCCUUCAACCGAUUCAAGAGCCAAGAAAUCAUCAUCUGAUAGAACCAAAAGGAGAUCAUGGAGUCCCAGGUCGCGAUCCAGGUCCCGCAGCCGAGAUCGUGAUCGGGACCGACCUGCCCGUCGGUCUAGGUCCCGCGAUCGUUCAACUCGCGAUCACCGAGGAGGUCGCAGUACGUGGGAUGACCGUCGCCAAAGUCGAAGGAGUCCGGUUAGUAACAGAAGAUCUGAUCGAAGAAGAUCUCGGUCUCCGAUGCCGCCGAGACGUUUGUCUCGGAGCCCGCGCGGUUCUCGUCGUGCCCGGUCUCCAAUUCCGCCACCCCCUGUCGUUGCUCCAUUGGAAAACGUUGUCGGGGCUCCUGGAUUGGGAUUGCUGGCUGUCGGAGCCACUGCUGCCGAUCCGGCGAUUGUUGUCGGUGUUCCCGUUCCCUCUGCAGCCAUCCAGAGCGUCGUGGUCGCCCCUUCGUCCGCUGCCCAGCAACAGCACGAACGGGGACCGAAAUUUCGAUGCAGGGAUUAUGACGAGAAAGGAUACUGCAUGCGCGGCGACCUCUGUCCGUACGACCAUGGUGCCGAUCCGGUCGUUUUGGAAGAUGUCGAGCUGUCAUCGAUGCUGUCGACCAACUAUAAUCGACCGCCACCUCCAGUGGUGGGGACCACCGGAGCAGCCGGCGCUCCCCCUGGGCCACUACCCGUUGGUCCGCCACCUCAUCUUCGCGGGCCACCUCCUAGUCUGCCCCCAUCUGGAGAACCCUACAAUCCCGACGCUCCUGGAAUCAGCUGGCCUCCCCCGCCGCUGGUCGGUCUGCGCCCACUUGGCCCACCACCUCCAUUUGGCCACCCGCCUUCUCACCGUCUCCCACCACCGCACAUGAGAAUCCGAGGGCCUUUGCCACCACGUGGCCCACCGCCAAUGGGACUGUUGGGUUCUGCUCCACCUCCCAGAGAAUUGAUCAACGUGCCUACUGCCGAGGAAGGAAGUGAUUCCGGUCUGAAGAGGAGCGUUAGAGAUGCUGGACUUGAUUCCGACGGGCAUCUUGCCAAGAAGGGACACUUUGAUUACAACCGAUUGGGUAAUCCUCCGGCCCAGCUGCAACAACAGCAGCAGCAGCAGCAGCAAGUGACUGGCCAGAGUAAUCACGGCCAGCCGCCGCAGCGUCGAUUCGAUCCAACAAACUGUUGCCUGGAAGUCAAAAAGAUUCCUCGCGGACUCAACAACAUAUCAGUCCUCAACAACCACUUUAGCAAGUUUGGCAAGAUCGUCAACUUGCAAGUGUCUUACAAUGGAGAUUCAGAAGGUGCCCUGGUCACGUUCUCGUCUCACAACGAAGCCCAGGCGGCCUACCGCAGUACUGAGGCUGUUCUCAACAAUCGCUUCAUCAAGGUGUUUUGGCACAACAAAGAAGUGAGCUCUCCAGAAAUGAAGGGCAAACAGGAGAACGUGCCUCCUAGCUCCAAAGUUCCCAUCAGGGAGCGGUUGGGCGGAGCGCAUCCUCAACGAGUUCUAGCCCAGUCGCAAGCCCCGGCUCCUAUCGUCGAUGAAGCCGCCUUGAAAGAAGCUUCUGAAGCAAAGGAGAAGGAACGUGAGAAAGCUGUUGCGGCCAUCAAGAGGAGUCAGGAGAUCCUGGCCGCCAAGGAGGCCUUGAAAAAGAAGCAAGAAGAACAGAAAAGGGAGGCGACCAAACUGCAAGUGGAUCUACAUCGACGCAAGCAAGAGUUACUGGACAAGCAGUUGCAGCAACAGCGAGUGCUGAUUGAGCGGUUGGAGAAGAACAAGAGUACCAUCAAGACGGACGAGCGAGCUGCCGUGAUGCAGACAGUUCGAAACCUUCAGGAGACGAUCGAAAAACUGAAAAAGGACCUUCAGACGACAAGUCCCAAUCAGGGAGCUACUGUUGUUGCAAACGCACCGAAUGUCGGAGUCCCGACUCAUCCAGCCAAAACUCCCGAAGAGGCCAAAAAAGAAAUACUAGACGUGGAAAUUGAGCUCUACCAGAAGCAGAUGGAAGGAAGUGACACGACUGAACUGCAGCGCAGAGUUCAGGAAUUAAACUCCAUCAUCAGCCAGUCACACAGGGGCCAUCCCAGCAACCGUCGUGGAGCUAGGAUCAGUUCCAGAGGUACUCUUCGAGGUAGAGGGCGCGGCUUGUCCGCCCGACUAUCAGCUCGUGGCAGGGGUCGAGGUGGCUACUAUGUUGGCCCGCAUGUGUCGGUGGAUCGUAGACCAACGCAGAUUAAAGCCACUGGCUUUGAAAAUCAUCAACAAGGAGACAUUCUUGCCCACUUUGCCAAUUUUGGCGAAGUGGUGGACUACCACGUCGAUGAAGAUUAUCCGGCGCUGACGAUCCGAUACAAGUCUCGGAAGGAUGCCGAAAUGGCGCUGGCCCAAGGGCGAAGCUUCACAGGCGCCAGUCUGUCAGUCAGUUGGCACAUGCCACCCGGUUCCGUCCCCAAAGUCAAGGAUCAUGUCGCUGCCGAGGAAGAAGAUGAGCACAGCGCCGGUAGGAUCGAAGGAUCUGCUAGCGCCGAGGAAGACGAAGAAGACGAAAACGAGGGCUUAGAUGAUUUGCUGAAUUAUGAAGAAGAUGACGAAGAUGAAGAACGCUCCUGGAGGCGAUAGAGUAAUUUGAAAUUCACACUUUGUUUUACACAUGCUAAAUGUAUGAGUUAAUGUUGAGUUACGGUACAAAAGAAAAGAAAGAAAAAACUUUACCGAAACUUAAAAAAAAAAGAAAAAAACAAUUUCAAACAUUCACGAACCUUUUCAAGUCGUGAUAAUUGAAGAGAUUGAAUAAAAAUUCUAAUGGAUUUUUCUCACCUUAA